CGACCGUCAAAGAGCCAAAGUGUCAAAAAUAGAACUGCAAAUGCCAAGAUUUGUCGCUGUAGUUUCGUAAAUUCAUUCAAUCAUACAUUUGAUUUAAUAAAUUAAAUAAAUAAGUUUAUAGUUCUAUUCAUGUGAGUUAAGUGAAUUGUGGACCGAAAUUAGUUUGCUGCAGAAUUUUAUAAUAUUUGUUUACGAAACCAGCUGUUGAUAAUUAAAUUACUGAAAAUGUAGCGCAAAAAAAAUAUAACGGUCUAUAAAUACACAUGAGUGUUGAUUUCAAUAAAAUCUUCCUACAACAAUCUGCUACCCAAAAGACAAAUGCGUUCAAGUACAUUGCAAGUGAUUAUAUCAGAAAUCUCCAAUACCUUCUCACUUCAUCAUGAAGCAGCUAGCAGCUUGGUAUCAGAAAAAAAUAAGUUCGUACGACAAGGAAGAAUGGGAGACUAUGGUGGAACAGCUGCUGAUGCGCGGCACCUACCGCCGGCGCAUCGUCGACUUCUCAUCACACGCGCGCUCCUACCUCAUCGAUGUUGACUUAGUUAGAGGAUCGUCAUUCCCAAAAGCAAAGCCGACGUUGAGCAUGCGUCGUGUGAUAUGGUACGCUCUAGUCCGACUAUUGUUCCUACCCGUGCUGUACCAAUGGUGGACCCAACAAACCUCACCAGCCUGCGCCAAGUUCCUCCUCACACUCUGGCUCAUGCAGGUCCUCAAUAUCACCAUCUACUUCAUGACACCAGAAACCAUUGACAACGACCCGAACUGCUGGCUAGUGCCUCUAGGCUUGAUGUUGGUGCUUAGCAUUGUACACUCACAGAUAGUUAGUACAACUGAAAUGGAACUAGCUCGGGUGAGGCCACGGGCUACCUUCCGACGCAAGUUACCAAGAUACUUCAGGCGACCUAGGUCAGAUUGCGACGGUGGUAGCGGUGGCGGAUCUGCGGAAAGUGGCGCCACCUCGAGUCAGAGCAAGACACCAACGUCUAAACCUGCAAAAUUUCGACGGAGACAAACACGCACCGAUGUCGCUGAAAACGGCUUGAGAAAACGUAAAAAGGAACUGACAAAAGAGAAUCUGAUCAAAAAUUUAGAACCUGUUAAAAAUAAGACUAUAGUGAAAAUGAAAGCUAAAGACUCGGAUGAUGAAGACUAUAUGGUUUGGAAGAAACCUGAUGUGACUGCACCUAUAGUGACGUUCACCCCACCGCCAGACGACGCUACACCCAGCACCUCCUUCCGAUACAAACCAAACGUACUUACUAAGAAACAAUUAGAAUCAUUCAACGUAAGACAGAACCAACAAAUGCUAUCUAGAGUACUAGCCGACGGAGACGAUGGCUUCGAGAGCCUGAACGGGUACAAUUCAAACGGCAGUGAGGGAGAAAGAGUUAAAAAUGAGACUGAAAACUUAAUCCAAAGAGAAGCUAAGAAAUCUAACGGGCAGAAUGAUAUAGGUCCUAAAGAGACCAAUAGUCCUGAUAAACAAUCAGCGGAUACUUCUAUAGAGACUGUUAAAAAUGAGGAGAUAAAAGAUAAUGAUGGGAUUAGAGAAGAUUUAAAAAAACAUGAGGAUAAGUCUGAUGCAGAUUCUGAUGGUGUUGCCGCUACCAGCAGCCCUAGUACUGGGAAACGAGUUGGAGUCCGUUUUAGAAACUCCUGGGCCCAAGAUGGUAUACAUUUGCAAGAAACCAGCGAUGAAGACUUUACCAUCCAUAAAAAGAAAGAAAAGAAAUUUGACAAUUACCAGUCAUCGUCAUCGGACGGGGAAUGCUCGGCGUCCGCUCCAUCCAUCGCCCUACCAUCCCACCAUACCAUGUCCGAUUGGGUUGGCCAAACUACUAACAGUGAGGAGAGUAGUUAUGGCUCCCAGUCUGAAGGUGGACAUUCAGAUGUUGGGUUUUCAUACACGGCUGACAGUUCCUGGGAUCCUUUCGCUAUACUUGAUCCGACUAGUGAUACAGUAAAAUGCACGAUGUGGGAGCGUGGUUCAACCCUCCGCGCUGAGCUGUCUGCGGUGGACAUAAGUUGGUACGUGGUGGCGCGCGCCGAGCGAGCCAUGGCGGCCGACGGAUGUCUAUGGGCCGGCCUCGCUAUGGCCGCCGCAGUCGCACUCGUUAAGCCUAUCAUAAGAUUCGCUCAGGUGGCUGCAGAAUUAGACAGUAGAACAGAAGAAGAACUCCAAGCGCUCUCCGUAAUAACUUACUUCCCGACGCUAAUGGCCAACUACAAGGGGUCGCUACUCUCUAUAUUCAUUGGUGCUUUUGGUGACAAUAUUUGGGUGGUAUCAACGAACGUGUUGUCCUGUUUGCUGCGUUUCGCGUUGGGUGCUCUAGUAUUCUUCCUGCUGGCGGUAGCGGAGCGAGCAUUCAAGCAACGGUUCCUGUACGCCAAGUUGUUCUCACACCUCACUUCGGCGCGACGAGCUCGCAAGUCGGAACUGCCACACUUCAGACUCAAUACUGUCAGGAAUAUCAAGACUUGGCUGUCCACUCGGUCUUAUUUGCGACGCCGUGGUCCCCAGCGUUCUGUGGAAGUGAUCGUGUCAGCCGCAUUCAUGCUGAUCGUCGUACUACUCGGCUGUGUAAGCACACAUCUCUUACGAUGUAAUAAUACUCAGGACUCAGUGACGUUAGAGAGCGGCUGGCUACUUGAAGUGUUACUAUGGAGCUUCUGCAUCGGCAUUUAUUUACUGCGACUUGGCACGUUGGGUAGCAAUGUCAACAAGAAGUACCGCGGCUGUCUUUCAGCCAUACUUACUGAGCAGAUCAACCUCCAUCUUGCAAUAGAACAGAGGCCAGACAGCAAAGAACAACUCACUGUCGCUAAUAACGUGCUCAAACUAGCUGCUGAUUUACUAAAGGAAUUGGAUGCGCCCUUUAAGAUAUCUGCGUUAUGUGCCAACCACUACCUCUAUACUAUCACUAAAGUGGUCAUCCUAUCGGCAUUGUCAGGAGUGCUAUCAGAGAUGCUAGGCUUCAAGUUAAAACUACACAAAAUCAAAAUCAAAUAAAACCACGGCCGCUAUUAUUGUCCUAUGCAAUAAUCAAGUCGACUAGUCUGAGAGGCCAUUUACGUAUAUUAAUAUAUCGUCUCAUCAUACGGCACCAAGUCACAAAAUAAAUAUUCAUACAAUAUUUGUGCAUAAUAGUACUAUUGAUAAUAAAAAAUAAAUCAAAUUUUUAAUAUUCACAAUAAAUGAACUACUUAUAAUAACAAUAUAACUGCACUUAGUAAAAUUUAUAUCUUAUUCAACGUUUGUUAAUAGUAUAUAAUAAAAAAAAUAUGGUUACAUUUCAAAUAAGUAGGUAGUACGUUAAUGUGUUAUAGAAAAUUUCUAAACAGGGAUGUAUUAUGUAAGUAAGCAAAUACCUUUACGUAGUUCUUCGAAUUAUAAACUAUUAAUAAUCAAAUAUUUCCUAACGUUAGCACUUUUUCUGCAACUUUUAGAAUUACUUCCGAAUUAUGUACAGUCAGCUGAACUAUUUUGUAUGCAGAUAGUAAAACAAUCGAUUCACAUACUAUUGAGAAAGUAUUGGGACAGACGGCAUUUUCAAGAUCUAGCUUUCAUUAAAUAUCAUACAGUCUAGAAUUUAAUAGAUGUCUGCCAGUCUGGUUAUAUCUGUUUAGUAAAUGGUUUGGCUGUCUGAAAAAUGUACAUUGAACUUAAACCUCAUGUUCGUUAUUAUUUUGUUUAUUGAGAAAUAUCAGUUUUUUUUUAAACUAAAUACAAUUGACUGACUUACUGUACCGCUUCUAAAUCACAUACUUUCUAUGUGCCAAAUGUUAUUUUUAGACAACAUUCUCGAUAAUUUAUUUGUUCCUUUGUCAUAAGAGACUAGCACAAUAUAAUUCUAAUGUAUUAUUGUUCCUCAAAAAAUACAAAAUAAAUUAUCUAUGUAGAAUUAUAUUCCUCUUGCUCUCUAAGCACUUUGGCUGUAUAGAGGACUUUUGUUUUAAAAAAAAACGGUAUCUAUUUUCUGGUUGGAAAGAUGUAUUUUACCUGUAUCGUUAUUUUACGAGGUGUUUACAUGUACCUAUUUGUAUAUAACUCUAAGCAAACUGAGGCCUUUCUUAUUAUAUUGUGGGUUAUUCUAGAUGUUGUCAUGUUUUAAACUAAAGAACUACUGUGUGGUAGACUUAGGUUCUGUUAUUUUAUAUUUUACAGAUUCACUUUUGGAACUCAUUGAAUUAACAAGAUUAGGUUUGUACAAUUGACCAAUUUUAUUCUUGACCACCUUUGACAAUAAGCCUCCAAAAUAUGCAGACCAAAAGAAGUUAAUGCCUUUAUGUUGGUACAUAAAUCAAAUUUGUUUACUUACUGUAAAAUACGGUAAAGUUAAUGUAAGUUAAGAGCUGUAAAGGGCGCUUAACGAAGCGCAUUACCCUCAGCUGCCACAGGAAUAUUAAAUUUGCACGAAAAUCCUCCUGUGUCCAGAACAAUUUGUCUGUUUAUUAUAUUUUCCAACUACUAAGAUACUUAUAAUAAUUAUUUAUUUACAUCAAACUACCUUUUUAAUGUUAAAUGUAUGACGCUAUAUUUGUUAUGAUCUCAUUUAAAGUUUUAGUUAAUUAAAUAAUAAACUAGUUGAAUGAAGUUUUCUCUUCAGGUCAAAUUACGAUAGCUAUGAUAUAUUUUUUGUUUCACAUACCGCAAUGACUCUGAUAAAAUGUUAUCCUUGACCUUAUUAUAAUUUUUUAAAUGGUAGUUAUACUAAGAAUAUCUUAUUGUUGAUAUGUAGGUAUAACUAAAUAUCAAUUUGCAGUUUUGCCAUAAAACCCUAUAAAGAUAUCAUGCAAUAUUUUUAAUAGAAGCGUAAUUUGAGUGCUAUUUUUGAAGGGUCUGAAGUAUAUAAUUUACAUUAUUAAUGACAUAAUAUGUUAUUAUUAUGAAUGUUUUCGAACAUUUAUUUUAUCAGAAAUCAUGUUAUUACAUAGUAAAUGGGUAACUAUAUAAUAUUAGAGUUUAGUUAAAUAAAUGCCAUUAUUUUUAUAUGUUAACUUUAUCUGUGUUCCUAAUCAUUCUGUAUAUUGUUUUAAUUUUCUCAAAAAGACAGUUAAUGUAAAUAGAUGUUAUUUUUU